CCAGCAGGGGUAGGAGCUCUCGGGGCCCAGAAAGACCAAGAUUUUUCACUCACAUGAUUCUUCUCCCCACUGACAAUAUUGCCAACCAGAAACUCUUGGACAAUAAAUCACCAUAAUUUCCAACCCUUUCAGCCUGUUCAAUUUUCAACAAUAUGGAUCUAGGCACCACUCAAUUAUUAGGAGCUCCUUCCCCUUCUUCUUCUUCUUCUUCUUCUUCUUCUUCCACUUAUUCAUGGACACACAAUGUGUUUCUCAGCUUUAGAGGUGAGGACACACGCUACAAUUUCACAGACCAUCUACACAAAAAUUUGGUACAGAGGGGCAUCAGAGCCUUCAUAGAUGAUGAGCUCCCAAGAGGAGAAGAAAUAUCACAAGCACUUCUUGAUGCAAUUGAAGGAUCGAGGUGUUCCAUCAUCGUAUUCUCUGAAAACUAUGCAUCCUCGAAGUGGUGCUUGGAUGAACUUGUUCAUAUCAUUCAGUGUAGAAAAUCAAAGCAACAGAUGGUUUGGCCAGUUUUCUACAAAGUGGAUCCCUCAGAUGUAAGGAACCAAAGAGGUAGUUAUGGCGAGGCACUGAAUAACCAUGAACGCAAAUUCAAAGAGCAGAAACUUACUAAUCAUGAUGAAAGUAAAUUCAAGGACAAUAUGAAGAAGAUGCUGAGAUGGAAGGAAACCCUUACAGAAGCUGCUAAUUUGUCUGGGUCGCAUUACUUGGAGGGCCGUGAAGCUGAAUUUAUUCAGAACAUUGUCAACGAGAUUUCCUUACAUGUAUUACAUGAUACCCAUAUCAAUGUGGCAAAAUACCAAGUCGGAAUAGAGGCCCGUGGACGAGAUCUUCAUAAAGUUUUAGAUGUUUACGGAAAUGAUGUUCGCAUGGUAGGAAUAUGGGGGAAUGGUGGAAUAGGAAAGACAACUGUUGCUAAAGCUGUUUAUAACUCACUGGCCCAUGUGUUUGAAGGGAGAUGUUUUCUGGAAAAUGUAAGAGAAAGAUCAAUACCAUAUGGAGGCCUAGUCGACCUACAAAAUCUUCUUCUUGAUGAGAUUCUAAGGGGAAAGGAAAUAAAGGUUACCAGUGCCGAUAAAGGAAUCAGUGUGAUAAAGGAAAGGUUGAGUUGUAAAAAGGUCCUUGUAAUUGUAGAUGAUGUGGAUCAUUUGGACCAGUUAAACAACUUAGUUGGAGGUUGUGAUUGGUUUGGUUUGGGCAGUAGAAUCAUCAUAACGACAAGAGAUAAGCAUUUGCUAACUUCUCAUCAAGUCAGUAUAAUAUACAAGGCCAAGAAAUUAAACUUCGGUGAAUCUCUUGAUCUCUUCAUUAGUUGGAAUGGUGGGAGGAAUAAAAAUUUGGAUGAUGAUUAUGUGAAAGCUGCAGAAACUGUGGUGAAGUAUUCUCAAGGUCUUCCUUUAGCUCUCAAGGUUUUAGGUUCUCAUCUAUGUGGUAGAAGUAUAGAUGAGUGGCAUGAUGCAUUGGAUGGGAAUCUGCACUCGGACAUUAAAAAAACUCUCAAAAUAAGUUAUGAUGCAUUGGAAUAUUCGGUUCAAGAAGUUUUCCUUGACAUAGCAUGUUUCUUUAAAGGUAGAAAGGUGUACGACGUGAUACCGAUCCUGGAUGGUUGUGACCACAAGCCUAAGUAUGCUAUUGAAGUACUCGUAGACAAGGCCCUCAUAAAUAUUAAACAAGACACAAUUGGGAUGCAUGACUUGCUUGAAGAAUUGGGUAGAGGAAUAGUUUAUCAAGAGUCGCCAAAUGAGCCUGGUGAACGUAGCAGAUUGUGGUUUUACGAGGAUGUUUAUCGUGUUCUAACAAAAGGAACAGGAACAAACAAUAUUAAAGGCAUCAUAGCAAAGUUUCCGACACCAUAUGACAUAUGCUUGAGUGAUGACAUCUUCUCAAAGAUGAAAAACCUUCGACUUUUCAUCAAUGUGAAUGCACAAUUUUAUGGCGAUCACGUGGAUUAUCUAUCUAAUGAGUUGAGGUUUCUUCAUUGGCCUGGUUGUCCUUUACAAACUUUACCAUCUACUUUCAAUCCAAGGAAACUUGUUGAACUUUAUAUGCCUCGUAGCCGCUUGUCACAACUUGGGGAGGGAUUCAAGGUAAUUUAAAUUAUUUUCAUCCCUUCGUAUUUUAAGAAGUUUAUUAAGUUUUUGGAGUUAUGGCUUAAACUUGUUUGAAGUUUUGGGGAGUGCAGUAUCACAUACUUUAGCGCUUCCCAUUCUUAAGAUAUUCACUUUGGACGGAAGCAAUUUAUCAGAAUUGAAUUUCCUGAGGAAUCUUGAUUGUGUGUCUACAUUGAGCAUACUUGAUCUAAGACGAAGUGAUUUCCUUGUAAGUAUUCCCGAAUGCAUUACAAACUCUGUUAAUUUGCGGGAUCUUUACUUUUUUAUGGCUGCAAGAGGCUUCGAGAUAUUCCGGAACUUCCACCAAAAAUAGAAAGGUUAGAGGCAAGUGAUUGGGUAUCAUUGGAAAGGUUAGAGGCAAGUGAUUGCGUAUCAUUUUGAAAGGUAAAAAACGACUUACAAAUGAUUGAGUUGGUGGACUUGUGUAAUUGCCAGAGACUGUGCGGCAAUCUGGCUCGUGACCUCACAGAGAAGCAAAACAUUUUAGCAAAGGAGCAGAUCACUCUCUUCUUUGAUCACCUUCUGUCUUCACGGAAACAUGAAUUUCAGGUUGUAUUUCCAGCAAGUUUUGAAGCUCUCUGUCGACGUUGUUCAGCUGUCAUAAGGAUGUGAAGGAGCGUGAUGAAGAAUGUGAAAUUUUGAUUGAAAUCCCUCCAAACUUCAAAUGCCAGAACCAAGGAUUGGCUCUAUACGCUGCUGUUGAAAACCCGCAAAAGACAAGACUAAAUUACCCUGGUUUUCAAGGAAAAAUUUCCGUCAAUCAACCAAGAUUGGAUUAAAAAUUUUAUUCGGUUCGAUUACAAUUUCAGAAAGAUAGGGUCAGGUCAUGUGUGGCUUGUUGUAGAACAAUCAGUAUAAAACCAAAAUAACAGAAUAAUAAAACAAACGAACUAUAUUAUAUAUAUAUAUAAUUGAAUCAAUACAACAGUAAUAUAAAUUAUAGAAUACUGACUUGAAUUGUAAAUAGAGUCC